AUGACGUCCGCUGACACGGUCAGAUCAGAAGCGGCCAAGGGCACCAUAGAAAGACCGAACACCAACGCCGGGUAUAAGUACACCCAUGACCACAUGAUGCGGUCUGAAGCGGCGCUAGGCGCAGACACCCCCGAAACUUCGAAAGUCCUCAGCCGCCUCCGUAGUGUUCCGGGAACAUGGGUUCUGUUUGUGAGCAAGCCGAUAUUGAAACAGUGGGAAGAAUGGAUAAUGCUCUUAGUCAAAGCGGACAUAGAGAACCACAAACAACAAACGCCGUGGCUCCCCUGGCGCGUAGGCGCAUGGCGCAGCACUGAGAAACCGACACAACCGAGUGACCGGGGUUUGCCUCCGUACUCCGUGCGGGCUGGUCUGCCCGUCCCGGUGCCCGGUGCCGAAUCGGCAGCGCAUGCCGGACCGCUGACGUUCGGAUGA